AUGGCCUCCCCAAGUGUCCAACGACCGCCACAACGGACCGCUGAAACGUAUGGUGAUUACAUACCAGAUGACUUUUCUGAUUUUGGCGGCCUGAUCUCGGACGACGAACAAUCUGGAAAAGCUGCAGGGACGCAGCAGACAAAGAGCAACGGUACUGCCGGUCUUGGCAUCGACGAAGAGGUUUCUGUCAAGAAACGGGCCAGAGAACCUCGUGUGAAGCUCGAUGAGUCCCGUCUUCUUUCUUCUAAAGGUAUUCCAGCUUUACGCAAACAAGCGCGCGUUCUGAAGCUUAAAGGCAAGGGACAUGAAUUCUCUAAUGCCUCGAGGCUUCUUUCCAUGUAUCAGCUGUGGCUAGACGACUUGUUCCCGAAGGCUCGGUUUGCCGAUGCUCUCGCCAUGGUAGAGAAGGAGGGUCACAAAGCGAGCAUGGGCAAAAUGCGCAUGGAAUGGAUCAACGAAUCAAAGCCCAAGGAUGCGCAGGAUGAACUGGACGGUGAGCCAGUCCUGCCUUCGACUGAGCUAGAUGAAGGCGCCGACCAUCAACACCAUCCGCAGCAGCAACCACAAGCGAGACCAACGAACGCAGAAAUGGAAGGGUCAGAUGCGGUCCCAUAUGACCUAUUGGACGAGGACCCGUACGAUUCUUUGCAGCCAGCCCGUCAAAUACAGAGCGCAGGAGACGGAGGUCGUGGACAAAUACCAGACGAGAGCGAACUCGACGCCCUCAUGGCUGACGCCAUGGAGAUUCACGGGCCCCAAGAGUAUUUGCCGCCGCGGAUACCGGUACCGGAGGAUGAUAUCUAUGACUUGGAUGCCCUAAUUGCUGAAGCAGAGGCGGCAUCAUGA